UCCAAAUGUACACACUCUGCUCAAACUAAUAUGGCCGACACUUUCAUUGCCAGAGAUGCAGACAAUGAUAGCAAAGCCAAAUACUCGCCCAACAAUGCCAGCAGAUCGGUCCUCAUCACAAGUCCACAGAAGAGGAAAGCUGCAAAUGAGGAUGAAGGCCAACCGACGGAAAAGAAAAAGUUUGCCAUGAAUUUUAAUAUGAAGAAACCAGUGGAUAGCGUGCAAUGUGGAAGUAACCAGAAACAGAGUGUCCUGCCCAUAAAAAUGUCUCUAGCAACACAGAAACCCAAGGAGUCAUCUGCCACAGUCAAACCUAAAACAGCAGCUGUAGCCAAAGCAUUCGCAGAAGACAGUGACGAAGAGGAGAUGCCACCUGAAGCAAAGAUGAGAAUGAGAAACAUUGGAAGGGAUACGCCAACAGCUGCUGGACCAAAUUCUUUCGGAAAAGGUCGACUUGGAUUCUGUGAUAGACAGAAAAUGGUGGAGAAAGAGAUUAUUCAACAUAUAGAAGAGGUCGGGGAAGACUGAACAUUUUUAUUUAGACAUUUUUGAUUUUUUUACAAACUGAAGCAACACUCUUUUACUUUUGCAACACAACCUUGCACUACAUUCAGUAGCAUAGAAUUAAGAGUGAGUUGUUGGCAUGUCCAUGAAUACCUGCUACAGACAGGCGUUUGAAUUAGACACAAAGACUGGGCCAAUGGACACAUAAAGGGUUAGUUACAGUCACAGACCUGAAGAAAUCAUUCCGAAAGUGUGGGAAGUCCUAUGUGAAAUUUAAACAUUUAUCUUAAUUGAUAUUUCACACUGGAAAUAUUACAACAACUAUUAUUUCACAUUUGCUGUGUAAGGAUGUAAAAAAUGUUAGAGGAUCAGUAAGAAUGACAUGGUUUGGUAUAGAUACACAAUCUCUUGUGAAGAAAAGUGUUUAUACUGAUCAAGCAAUAAUUUUUACAGCAUACCUUAUAUAUGUACUGGUACUUCUUGAAAGAGAAAAAUGAUGAUUGAAGUAACGGAACUGAUAUUGAAUAAUUUCGGGACUUGUUACAGUGUUCUGUCCAUGAUAUACAUAUGAUCUCUAUACCCUUGGAAUAUGUCAUGACAAAGUAAAACCAUCUGGAUGUUCCUUUGUGCAGAUGUUAUGAGUUGACUAGUCAUAAUACUGGUACUGAGUCCUGCAUUGUGUAUUUCUGUGAAGUCCAUGAUGCAAGAUAAAAGGAAUUAUGUGACAGCAUAAUGGAAAAAAAUACCAGCUUUGAUUCGGGUAUAGCUCCUAUGUAAUCCGCACUACAAAUGCAUCAGCCUAGUGAUUGGUUAACAGCGAACAGUUAAACAAUGAGCCUUUGAUUUGUCAUGACAUAUUCAAAGGGUGCUAAGAAUUAAAGAUGAACGAGGGACGAUAUCGAUGUUUCUGUGUCACAGUACGGAGCAACAAGAAGUCGGAUGUCUGGUUCACUAGCUUGCAGAGUCGUUCAUAUUUAUAAAAUUGUUAUCUUGAAAGUGAUUUUCAUUCUAUAUAUAUCUGUACUGGGGAAAUUCCUCCGUAGAUUAACUUUUGCCUCUGUAACUAGGGCAAAUUUGUUAUUACAGCGAACAUUAGAAAUCGAUAUAAUGAAAAAAAUAAUCAAAUUUGAAAGUUGAAAGGUGAACUUAAAACUGGGAGAAUAUGGAUUUUACUAGCUUAGGGCAACAUUUUACUGGGUGAAAGUUCCAGUAUUCAGACAAAAUUUGUAGAUAGAAAAAUCUGUCAUUGUCCUUCACUUCUCAAUGGAGUAAAGUCAGGCCUUCUCUUCACAGUUACUCCUAGAUGUUAUCACUAAGGUCAAAUAAAUACGGUAAGAAACCUGUGUACCUAUUGCUGACCAUUAGGUUGCAUCAAAGGACCUCGUUUAUUAGUCACAGGGUGGCCUAAAGCUUCUAGUGUACAUAGCAUUCUGCUAUCCAUUGGGGGGAAAAAAGGUUUUCAUAUGGACAGUACAAUGGUUUUCUCUAUAUAGCAAUACAUGUAAUGGAGACCUUCCCUAACAAUACUUCAGGAUCAUUUGGAACCCAAUUUUUAAAGGAUCAUUCCCAAAAAAUGUAUGUUUGUAUGAAAGUCCCUGCCAGACUAAGUCUGUAAAUACCUGACGUAAAAAUCUUAAACCUGAUUCUGUGUCAAAGUGUUGUUGAUUCACUGUUGCUCUUGAUAUUUUGUCAUCAGUUACUGUAGUCAAAUCUACCUUUAUGCCAGCUGUACAGUUGUUGGUUAGAUACAUCAAAGAAUCUCGCUUGGUAAUCAAGCUAUGAUCAAAGGAUAAUACUACAGUACUGGUACUGGCUUCAGUCGAGAACUCAAAAUAAGGAUCGGUGCUUUAAAAAGAAAACAAACAAAAAAGGUAGAACUCCAAAUAACGAUUUGUGCUCUAAAAAAGGCAUGAAAUAAAAAAUGUAAUGUGAUCCCUUUUAUAAACAAAUUUCUGUUAAUGUAAAGUCACUGGACUACAAUAACAAGCUGUAUACAAAUAAAACACUGGGAAAAAAACUGUCCACUAAUACUCACGUAACAAUAUUUAUUUGGGUUGUUGAGUGAAGGAACACGAUAAUCACACUAUUAAAAAACACAGUGUCAGUCGUUCAGAAUUAUUUUUAUUUUGUAUAAAUUCAGUUAUUUUCUGAACUGAUUAAUAAAAUUGUGGUAUUUACAGGUAUGUAUAGGAAGAGGUACGCAAAGGAUUGUUGAUAUCAACAAUUAUUUAUCAGAAACUCAUGAUAGCAUGAUACCAGGUAUGACCUUUAUCACCAUAAGUUUAUUGGCGAAAUUUCAGGUUGUACAUUUUCUUAUCAGAAUAUUGUUGUGUACUAUUUUGUCCAUAAACAUUAUACUACAACAGUUUACAGAAAAUAUUGUUAUAAUGUACUUGUUCAAACACACAUUUAUGUCUGACCUCAUGACAAUUGGCAACAUGGUGAUAAAUGGAGAUAAUCUGGUAUGGCAUAGGCCAUUUAAUUACCUGGUAAUAGGGUUGAAAUGGCGCAUAAACCUCUACACUGACCAUUUUGAUAAAGGGAGAUAAUCCAGUAUUGGGAAAACUUUUUUUUAACUGUAAAAAUUCAAAUUAAAUCCAAGCUGACAGCAUUAGCCAUACGUAAGUAUUGCAGGCCUAGUAUAAAGCUGGUCAAAACUGUUGAAAGAUAGAACAGUCUAUUCUUUCUUGUGUGUUUUGCAUAUGUCUGCUGAGAGGAAGUGGUCUGUGUUUUUAUUUGUCGAUAUUCCACUCUUCUUAUUUUAAGGAUUUUAUUGCAAUUAAGUUGUAGCUUGGUAAUAUUUCCAUUUUAAAGUUGAAGAAUUAACUUUCAGUAUUUUUUGGUAUCUUAAUGUUGUACAAAAGUUUUAAGAACUCAAACCAUUUUCUAUUAAUGCAUUAAAUGCAUGUUGUAAAUUUAAAUUCUUUUGACCUGUGUCCUGAAUUUUUUACGCAUCAAUAUUUCUUAGUUUAAGCUUAAAGUACCAUAAUUUCAGUAUAUGCUGUAAUAAUAAGUUAUUUUAUUUAAAAAUUUGAAAUACCUUUAAUAUUCUCAAGAAGUCAGACCGAUAUACUGCUUUUAGUAGUGAUGCUGUUGUUGUUGUUGUUGUUGUUAACAAAACACAUUAAUUGAAUUAAAUUAAACUUUCAGUCUAUAAAGUGUUUGUCAAUUUUCAGUGUUUAAAUCUUUAUGAUGUUGAUACACAAGGAUAGUUUACAAAACAGGCACAUUUUAAUAAACUUUUUCAACUUUUUAAAUGUCAUUUCGUAUAAUUAAAAAGUAGUCUUUUAAAGAUUUAUUUGCAUCAAUAUCUUCAACAUUUUAUCCCUAUACAGAUUUCUGGAUAUGAAACUAAAUACUAUCUGCAGAACAGCAUAAUUUAUUAUUAUGUGUUUUCAAAAAUAAAUAUGGAAC